AUGAAUAGUCUUGGCACCACACCCUACAUUUCCACAACAGAGAGGGAAAACAAGGAUGUUAACUAUCAAAAUCUCGAAACCAGUCAACCACAAUCUAUCGAUUCAAGUCUUUACAAUAGAGGAGAUCAGGAUGUAUUCUCAUUGAGUCAGUUGAAACAUGUUGCUCCUUCCUCAAACAUUUCUGGAAUGGCAGAACCAAGUCCCCUCACUAACAGUAGUCAAUCAAGUGGUUUUUUCAAUGGAGAAGAAACUAAACCACUGUUGUCUGACUAUACCAAACCAGAGGCCGAACAAAAACCAUUCCAAUCUUCCACAUUUGAAUCUCCAACAUCAUUCAAGAGUGAUCCUCCAGAAAUCAAAGAUGAUAAAGGUGAAAGCACAUCCAAUUACUUGUCAUCAAAUCCUACCUUUGAUAAGGUUGACAUCACUCCACCCAAAAUUUCUGAAGAUACUGUUAUUAGUUCUACCAAUGACAAGAACAAGGACUAUGGCACUAAUAUAGCCUCCUCAUCUAUUGCUUACAAACCAAGUACAACACCAAGCAAGGACACCUCACAAGUUGUUGCCACAGGAGAAGGAGCCACCAAAACUUUAAAGCAAGUAGGCCACAUUAUUCAAAGCCAAGCACAAACAAUGGCUACUUCUAUCAGAAACAAUGUAAAUAGUGAUAAUAUUCUCAACAUUCUUAUUAAUAGCUUCCUUGUAAUUGUAAUUGCUGUCUUGUUGUACUUUGGAAUAUGGUGA